CACAAUAGCCAUGCUUGGCUACUUUAACCCACUUCUCCUCGUGGGUGGUAUCAUCAUCACUGUUGCCAUCUACUACCACCAGCGCUCGAAACCAGCCCUUCCAGAUCUGCCUUGGCUCAAUACUCGCGAUGGAGAGCUAUUCACCAGAUUACGUGCCCGGUUCAGGUCCACGAUAAACUACAAAGAUGCCAUCUAUCAAGCCUAUGAGCAAUAUUCCAAGAACGACCAAUCGUGCAUUCUUCCCGACAUCAAUGGCGCCGAGAUUAUUCUGCCGAUCUCAGCAAUGUCAUGGUUCAUCAGUCAAGCCGACACCGUCCUUAGUGUCGACGAGAUGCACCGAGAUACCCUCCAAUUUGACCAUACCUUCGUCCAUCCCUUCAUCGUCGAAAACCCUCUUCACCAUGAAACAGUCAGGACGGACUUGACGCGGCAGUUGGGUGCUCUCACCGUCCCGAUUAUGGACGAGCUCUCCGCCUCCUUUGAUGAAUACUGGGGCACUGACACGGAGAAUUGGAGAGAACUUUGUGUCUUCGAUACGGCUAUGCAGAUUGUUGCCAGAACCAGCAAUCGCGCCUUGAUCGGUCUACCGUGGUGUCGGCAUCAGACUCUUCUCGACCAUGGCAAAGGUUUCGCCAUUGCCAUGGCCGUCAGUGCGGCGCUUCUCAAACAAAUGCCUGCCUUUCUUCGUCCCAUUCUAAGCCCUCUGGUGACGCUGCCUAACAAGAGACACACCAGAGGCUUUGCGCGCAUUCUGCGACCGGAGAUUGAGCGACGUCAAAGACUGCUUGAUGAGACCACCGACAACGAGAAGAGCAUCGGUGAGAAGGAGCCCAAUGACUUCUUGCAGUGGUCUAUCCGUCGCGCAAGAGAGUCUGGAAUCACAGUUGAGAAUAAUCCUGACAUUAUUGCUGAAAGGACCCUGGCAGUAAACUUCGCUGCUAUCCAUACUUCGACAAUGAGCAUCACGAACGCCGUAUUCGAUUUGGUCGGCUCAGAUCCGUCCUUGGGGUACCUGGAGAUACUGCGCGACGAAGCAGCGUCUGUGCUUGCCAGCGAGAAUGGGAUCUGGACAAAACAAGGUAUCGCCAGGAUGCUCAAGAUUGACUCUGCUCUACGGGAAUCUUCGCGCAUGGGCUCCUUUCUCGGUGCGUUGGCGCGUGUCGUUGUGAGCCCGAGCGGUACGACAGCUCCAAAUGGGACAUUCUGCCCAUACGGAAGCAUGAUCUCGGUACCCACGACACCCGUUCAGAACGACCCAACGCUCUAUUCCAGCCCUGGGACUUACCAACCUUUCCGGUUCUCCUCGCAACGGGAAGCCCAUCACCUGGAGGGAGACGACAGCCAGAAUGAAGGCAAAAUGACCGACAACGAAGAGUACAUCAGGAAAGCGAACCUAAGUUUCGUUAGCACGUCGGCUUCGUACCACCCCUUCGGGCACGGACGACACGCCUGCCCCGGACGUUUCUUCGCCGCAAACGAGCUCAAAAUGCUCCUGGCGUAUAUGGUACUCAAUUAUGAGUUUGAGAUGCAGCCCUCGAGACCCAGUAACGUGUGGAUGGGCAGGACGCACCUACCUCCCAUGAAAGCAACUAUAAAAGUUCGGCGAAGGCCGCAUAAGGCCUGA